CACAGAAAUGAUUCAUAUCCUGCAUUUAAUUUAAUGAUGAAUGAUCUUCUCAUCUCGCCAUUAGGCCCCAUUCUUUGAUUUAUAUAAUGCAUUUUGUUCAUUAAUUUUUGAUGAAGAACAAGCAAACCAAAUCUGGAUCCUACCCACUUUCGUCUCCUUCCCCCUCACACCACCACUUCCACUCUGUUUUCACUCGUUCUUUAUUCCUUUUGUUCUGUUCUUCGGAUUUUGAAUCCAGAACUUGAGGAAAAGUGAAACCCAUUUGGGCAAAAAUCAAACAAAAAAUGAAGAAAAAACAUAGGGUUUACUGAGUAGAAAGCUUUUGUUUGUCGGUAUUCCUUUAUCAGUAACAAAACCCAGAUGCUGUUCUUCUACUGAAACAUACUUUCCAGCUUCGAUUGGAUCUUCAUAACCCUCAAGGUCAUAGCUAGAGCUAGCUAUAAAUGAAGGGAGCUGUGCUAGUAGCUCUUGCUGCUUCCAUUGGAAACUUUCUUCAAGGAUGGGACAAUGCCACCAUUGCUGGGGCUAUGGUUUACAUCAAGAAAGACAUGGCCCUUAAGUCUUCUGUGGAAGGUCUUAUUGUGGCCAUAUCGCUCAUUGGAGCUACGAUCAUUACGACGUGCUCAGGACCGGUAUCGGAUUGGGUUGGUCGACGUCCGAUGCUGAUAUUGUCGUCGUUGUUUUAUUUUCUAAGUGGUUUGAUCAUGUUGUGGUCACCUAAUGUGUUUGUACUCUGCAUAGCUAGAUUGUUGGAUGGAUUUGGGAUUGGUCUUGCUGUUACUCUUGUGCCUGUUUAUAUUUCUGAAACUGCACCAUCAGAUAUAAGAGGAUUGUUGAAUACUCUCCCACAGUUUACUGGAUCUGGUGGCAUGUUCAUAUCCUAUUGUAUGGUAUUUUCGAUGUCGUUGUCGGUCUCACCGAGCUGGAGGUUAAUGCUUGGAGUUCUCUCGAUCCCGUCUGUGCUCUAUUUUAUACUAACGGUGUUUUUCUUGCCUGAAUCUCCUCGGUGGCUUGUUAGUAAAGGGAAGAUGCUCGAGGCGAAAAAGGUUCUUCAGAGACUCCGUGGCGUGGAGGAUGUUUCAGGUGAGAUGGCUUUACUGGUUGAAGGUCUUGGGAUUGGUGGUGAAAUAUCCAUAGAAGAGUAUAUAAUAGGUCCUGCUGAAGAAUUUGAAGGAGAGGCUGCUGAUGAGAAAGAUAAAAUCAGGUUAUAUGGACCUGGAGAAGGCCUAUCUUGGGUUGCUAAGCCUGUCACAGGACAGAGUUCUCUUGCGCUUGCGUCCCGGCAAGGGAGUUUGAUCAAUAAAAGUAUGGCUCUCAUGGAUCCGCUCGUCACCCUCUUCGGUAGCGUUCAUGAGAAGCUCCCCGAGUCUGGAAGCAUGGUUUUUCCGAAUUUCGGCAGCAUGUUCAGCACAGCUGAACCUCAUGUGAAAAACGAGCAGUGGGACGAAGAGAGCCAAAGAGGAGACGACUAUACAUCGGAGGCGGGUGGAGUGGACUCGGACGACAAUCUGCAUAGUCCAUUGCUUUCACGUCAGGCAACAAGCAUGGAUAAAGACAUGGUUCCCCCUCCUUCCCAUGGCAGUAUCCUCAGCGUGAGGCGCCACAGUAGUCUUAUGCAAGGAAAUGUCGAGGCAGUCGGUAAUACUGGGAUUGGUGGGGGAUGGCAGUUGGCAUGGAAAUGGUCUGAGAAAGGAGAGGACGGGAAGGAAGGUGGAUUUAAACGUAUUUAUCUGCACCAGGAGGAUAUUCCCGGGUCCCGACGUGGAUCGAUUCUUUCACUUCCUGGUGAAGAUGUCCAUGGAGAAGGUGAGUUCAUCCAGGCUGCAGCAUUAGUCAGCCAGCCUGCUCUUUUCUCUAAAGAGCUUAAAGAUCAGCGCCCCGUCGGCCCGGCAAUGGUUCAUCCAUCUGAAACUGUUUCGAAGACUCCCAUAUGGUCGGCUCUCCUCGAACCAGGCGUUAAGCACGCUCUAAUUGUAGGAAUUGGAAUCCAGAUUCUUCAGCAGUUUUCUGGGAUCAAUGGAGUUCUUUACUACACUCCUCAAAUUCUUGAAGAAGCAGGCGUUGAAGUUCUGCUAUCAAAUAUUGGGAUUGGUUCUGAAUCUGCAUCAUUCCUGAUUAGUGCAUUCACUACCUUCCUGAUGCUUCCCUGUAUAGCUGUGGCUAUGAGGCUCAUGGAUAUUUCAGGCAGAAGGCGGCUCUUACUCACUACCAUCCCGGUGCUAAUAGUAUCACUCCUCAUUCUCGUCGUGUUCGAGCUUGUUACAGUGAGCACCAUGGUCAAUGCAGCAAUCUCAACCAUAUGUGUAGUUGUUUACUUUUGCAUCUUCGUGAUGGCAUAUGGACCAAUCCCAAACAUCCUUUGCUCGGAAAUUUUCCCGACAAGGGUCCGUGGCCUCUGCAUUGCAAUAUGCGCAAUGGUUUUCUGGAUCGGUGAUAUAAUAGUAACCUAUUCUCUGCCUGUGAUGCUUAGUGCAAUAGGUCUUGCAGGCGUCUUUGGCAUCUACGCAAUCGUGUGCAUAGUUUCAUGGAUUUUCGUCUACUUGAAAGUCCCAGAAACCAAAGGAAUGCCACUCGAGGUUAUCGCCGAGUUCUUCUCUGUUGGUGCAAGACAAGCUGCUAAAGGUGCUACUAAUUGAGUUUGGCAGUCUUGACUCCCUACAGAAACUCCAUCUGUUCUUGCUGCAUUAAAGUAAGUAUGAACAGAAGGAAUGCGUAGCAAGCACAAAUUCGUUUCCUAUUUUGAAUUUUGGUUCAAGUUUGUGUACUCUUUAUGCAUUGGAGAUUGUGAUUAGUUUAGAUUCUUAUAAGCUGUUUUUUUCCCUCUUAAUUUUGAAGUGAACAAUAGUUGUAGCUAAUAAAAGGGUGUAUUCUAGCA